AUGGCAAAACCUAUACCAAAAGUUGGUUCACGUGGGAAUGGACGCAAUAAUGCACAAAAAAGUGCACGUAGAAUACCAAAAGGAGUUAUUCAUGUUCAAGCAAGUUUCAACAAUACCAUUGUUACUAUUGCAGAUGUACGAGGUCAGGUAAUCUCUUGGUCCUCCGUCGGCACUUGUGGAUUCAAGGGUACAAGAAGGGGGACCCCUUAUUCGAGCAGUAGUAGGCCAAGGGGACAAGUUUUGAAGGGCUUGUUUCGUCUUUCCCGCGGCAUGCAUGAGAUUUCCUUUGAACAAGCAUCCAAUGACCAUAUCCUUGUUCUUCAACUGGAGGGCUCUCAAGAGAAGAAUGGUCCUUUCAGGAAAUGGAGGAAGAACCUUGUUCCUGAAUAG